AUGAUGAAUGGUUUUGCUCUGUUUCUUGCUGUUUCUUCACUUGUAGCAGCUGGCAUAUGGUCUCCAAACCCAGAUCAGAAGCAGAAAGACUACCCAGGUGCUGAGGAGGUUAUUGUGAAAGAAGGUACAAGAGUAGUUGUUGUAGAGUAUGAUAAAGAGGGCCCUGGCAACACUAAGGUUUCAAUCUCUACCCAAGAGGCUCAUGUCUUUCAGAAGGCUCCAAAAGGUGAGGACAAGUUCAAGGAGAAGGUCAAGGAAGCUUUUGAAGUUCUUCCAAAUAUGGGCCAAGGUUUGUCCAGAGGCCAACACCCACAAAAUGGCCAAAAACCCAGUACUCCUAAAGAGCUUAUAUGUGAUGCCUUUGGUAAAUGCAAGGAGAAGAUAGCCACUAAAAUUGGUAGAUCAGAACAGAAAGUGUCUGAGAAAGUUCAUGAGAUUCAGGAAGGAGCAAAAGAGACAUAUGGUAAAGCAAAAGAGAAGGUGAUUGGGAAUGUAGAAGAGAAGCUGUCUCAGAAAGCUCAUGAUAUUCAGGAAGAAGUGAAAGACGCAUACACCAAAACAAAAGAGAAGGUGUCUGAGAAAACCCAUAUGGUUCAAGAAGGGGUCAAAGAUGCUGUUGAGAAAGCAAAACAUGCUGCAAAACCCACUUGUGAUCUGAGCAAGACAAUUGUGGAAGAUGCUGCAGGAAACAUUUCAAAGAUAGAAGCAGCCUCAACAGAGCAAAUGGGGCAGAGAGGCAGAGGAGAAAGACAAGGAGAAGAAAAGGAUGGGGUGGACACUGUGAAAAGCACUUUGCAUGAGUUCCAAAAAAAGGGUCAACAUGACUUCAGUAAUAGGGUCUAUGAUGUUGUGAAUUAUAUGCUGUCUACAGAUGCUAUAGGAUCAUUGAUGUGUGUGAUUCAUAUUUUAGGAUUUGCCACAGCUUAUGGGGUAUGUGUGUGGGUUACAUUUUUUUCAAGUUUUGUUUUAGCUGGGGCUCUGCCAAAUCAACAGUUUGGGAUUGUACAAAGCAAGAUUUAUCCUUUUUAUUUCAAAACUAUGGCUUCUUGUGUUGGGUUGGCCUUUUUGGGACAUGCAUUGAGUCAAGGAGAAAAAGUGUUGUUAGGUAAACCUGACUUGUUUCAAGGGCAUGCACUUUUGGCCACACUUCUUAUCAUUCUCAUCAAUUUUUGGAGCCUCGAGCUACAAAGGUGAUGUUUGAAAGGAUAAGGGUAGAAAAUGAAGAAAGGAAAGGACAAGAGAGUUCUAGGGUUGAGCCUAGCAAGGAGGGUGAGCCCACCACAGGUGCAUCUGACCCACAAGUUAUGGGAAGACUAGACCAAGAGACGGUGAACAAUCAAAUCCUUGAACUGAAUGAGAUGCUGAAGAAGCUCAACGCAUAUUCAUCCUUCUUAAAUAUUCUUACUCUCAUGGUUCUCAAGUUGCACCUAGUGUACUUAGCCCAUCGUCUUUACAUGACAUGUUGAUUUUAAUAUAAUCAU